UUUCACUUCCGGUUUCGGUCGCUCCUUCCGGUCGCAAUGGCGACUGGGCGUCUUGGGGUUAGGGAUAUGCUGGGGGCCCUUAAUGCCGCCUUAGGACCUGGAGGUCCUGUGUGGUUCAAGGAGACCCAUGCCCGGCACCUGCGUAUCCGAGAUUUCUUGGCACCGCGACGCGCCCUACGGGCGCGCUUCGGGGACGAGCAGGUGCCGGAGCAUGUGUUGCAUGCGGUCGCUUGCCUGCAGGGUCCUGGUGUGGCUCCAGUGCUGUGCUGCGCGCCGACACCCGCGGGUUUGUCGCUGCAGUUGCAGCGACCUGUAGUCUUCGAGCGUGUCCUUGGCUCAGUGGCCUCCUAUGCCACGCCUACCAGACCUGCCUCGCCAGGACCGCGAAUCGUCCUGCACUGCCCAGCACUGCGCUGCAGCCCUGGCACACUCAGCCUGAGCCAGCUGCGUGCAGUACUUGUGGCGGAUCACCUGGCGCGAGCUCUGCGCGCUCAAGGGAUGUGUGUGCACCUAGUGCCUGCCGUGCAGGACCCACACAUGUCAACCUUCCUGCAGAAACUGAGGGUGGACUGGCCUACUGCCUCGGAAAGAGCGUCGAUUGAAACCCUGAAGAGCCGCGUGCAUGCAGGGUUUACCUCUGUGCAUGAUGGGGAGAAGUUGCCCCCUGGCGUCCUGGGAAGACUGUGCCUGAAGGAUCUGGUGGAAGAACAGAGCCACAGGGCUGGUUAUGACCCCACUGUGGACAACUGUCUUGUGACUGAGGACCUGCUCUCUCUGCUGGCUGAGCUGCAGAAAGCUGUGCAGCAUUGGCCUGAGGACAGCAACCCAAGCCUGACAGUGGCCCCAGAUGCUGGUGAAGACAGCUGCAUGGUUGUACAUGUGGUGAGCUGUGAGGAGGAGUUCCAACAACAAAAGUUGGACCUGCUUUGGUGGAAGUUGGAUGACCAGGCUCCACCCAGACAGAAGCACUUGGUCUGUGGCCCAGUAAAAGUAGCUGGUGUACCUAGCACUCUGAUGACUGCCUCUGAAUACUAUGAGUCCCGGCAUACACAGGUGUGCAAGGCCUCAGCUCUGAAACAUGGUGGCAAUCUGGCACAAGACCCAGACUGGACAGAGAUCUUUGGGGUUCUUUCCGUGGCCACCAUCAAGUUUGAGAUGCUAAGCACAGCUCCACAGAGUCAGCUCCUCCUGGCCCUGGCUGACAGCAGCAUCUCCACAAAGGGCACAAGGAGUGGCAUCUUUGUCAUGUAUAAUUGUGCCCGUCUUGCCACGCUCUUCGAGGGUUAUAAAUGCAGUAUGGAACAAGGUCUGUACCCCACUUUCCCACCUGUGAGCAGUCUGGACUUCUCGCUGCUACAAGAUGAGGGGGAGUGGUUGCUGCUCUUCAACAGUGUCCUUCCCUUCCCGGAUGUGUUGAGUCAGACUGCGGUCCUGACCUGUAUAGCCCCAGGGCUCCAUGUCACUGCUCGCACAGAGAUGGUAUGCAAGUUCCUGGUACAGCUCAGUAUGGAUUUCAGCUCAUACUAUAACCGGGUACAUGUCCUAGGGGAACCUCGGCCACACCUCUUUGGUCAGAUGUUUGCCCGCCUGCAGCUUCUGAAAGCUGUGCGUGAGGUGCUCCACGCUGGCCUGGCUAUGCUGGGCAUCCCUCCGUUGAGCCACAUCUAAAGCCACAGAGGGCCAAGUAUCUGGGAAUGUUUGUAAAAUUAUCAACUGGAAGAAACUUAAAACCCCACAGACUUUAGGAGCUUGAAGCCAAAAUAAAUUGCUUGUUACAAA